AAGGUGCUGUAAGGCGCAACAUAGGCCGUGCUGUUACGUGCAAUGAUUCCAUUUGAAGCGCGCUGUUAGACACAGCUGUCACCGAUACCAUUUCACUGUUUCCAUUUCACUCGCACUUACAGCAUUGGGCUGCCACAGCAACAACACCUGACUGAGGGUGUAAACAAACCAGAUUUUAAAUUCAAACUACCUUUGCGAAGCCCCCGCCACCCCAACUACGUAGCAGAAUGUCCGGCAAGGACGAUCGAUCCAAGGAGAAGCGGCGGAACAUGAAGCAAUACACUCAUCACAAACCGCAGCCGCUGCACCAGCAGCAGCGCCGUGGCACUACCACUACCACCUCCUCCAGCUCGCCCCAGACCACGGCGGUACGGAGCAUCGUGGAUGUGGCCGACUCCAGCGACGAGCCUCGCUUUGCCCGCAAGGGCAACUGGGCGUCCGGCGGCGGAUCCCGGGGCUCUACACUGGCUCCGCAAAUGAAUCGCGACCUGCUGGACGUCCUGCCAAGCGACACGGACGACGUGGACCAUCUUGGCAUCGACACGGGAGCGCCCAUCGAUGAGAACGCCCGCGCCCAACUGCGGGCCGGUGACUACAAGCAGUUGACGCAGUUUCCCAACCUGGGUGGCGGCCACUUCACCUUCGGUUCCGAGAAGGAGUGGACCAGCAUUGCCGAAGGCCAGACGCAGCUGCACACCAAGGCGGCCAGCGGCUACUUCACGCUAAACCUUAUCCGCCUGAAUGCCGGCCUCCAGACGAUCCCUUUCUACAAGCGCAUGGACUAUCCCGCCUCCAUGUUCACACGCCAGCAAAUCGUGGCCCAGACGGAGGCGGCCGAGCGGGCAGAGACACUCUACCAGCAGCGUGUGCUGCGCGAGGCCAAUGGCAGUGCCUCAAAGUCGCGUGCUGCCUCGGCCAAGUCCGCCAAGGUCCCAGCAAAACCGCAACCCGUUGUUACUGCACCUCCGGAGGGUGCCCUGGCAGAUGAUUUGGAGGAGCUGCUGGCCAUGACAAAUAUUCAGCCGGAUCCAAGCACCAUUGUCCCUGAUCCUAUAGCCAUGCCCAUGCCGAUGCCGAUGCCGAUGCCCAUGCCAAUGGUUCAGUCGGCCACUCCGUCGUCGGCGGCUAGCAAAAACGAUGUGGAGAAUUGGCUGGAUAAUGUCCUGGGCGAGUAAAAAAUCGAAUAAUUGGUACAUAUGAGUAGAUAUGCAUGUAUGUAUGUUCCCUGUAUACAGGGAGCACUAAUCUUUGGCUUGUUAAGUUUUCCUUUGAAAAUAAAAAUUACCGCGUCCCUAAAUUUGGGAUUGGCUUAUCCUUUUA